AUGACGUGUCCACGACAUACACGAGCAUUGGGAGACUGUGCCGCUUUGAUAGUUUGUCCGUAUUCUCGAGCUCAUCACGUCUCUCCGGCUGCAUUUCCUGGACAUUUACGAUCAUGUCGCAUGGAAUACAUUAAUAACUCACCAAAUAUUAAAGUAGUCAGAUGUCGCUUCGAUUCUCGUCACGUUGUUCCUGAGGUGGAAUUACCGUUCCAUGAGAAACACUGCGACGACGCCUAUUUUCGAAGAAUCAACGCUGAAUUGAGUAAAUUCAUGGCUCCGACUCCAACAGUACAAUCUCCGCCCUUAGCUAAGAAAGGCCAUGCUUCAACUGAAACAUCGAGCGACAGUGGAUCAUCAAGUGACAGCGAUAGUGACAGCUCGUCCAGUUUCUCAAUGAUGACGUCCACGACAUCGCUGUCAGACAUGUCGUUAGCACUACGUUAUCGCUUAAGUAACACUCUCGAUGUCUGA